AUGCAGAGCCUCAGGCCGGAGCAGAUUCGGGGGCUGCUGGAGCCCGAGAGGGCCAAGACGCUGCUUCCCCGGGAGAGCAGGGCCUGGGAGAAGCGUGCCGCCCUCGCCAAAGACUGGGUGGCUGUGGAGGUUGGGGCCACCAGCUGUGACGGUGACGAGAAAGGUCUGUCUUCUCAAGAGCCUGGGCUGGCCCAGGAGUGGAACACGGUGGAGGGAGAUGAGGAGUCAGAGGACUCUCAGGGCUUUGUGGAGUGGUCGAAAGCUCCACAACAAACGACCAUAGUCUUGGUAGUGUGUGUCCUGUUUUUGUUCCUGGUUUUAACAGGGAUGCCUAUGAUGUUCCACAUUUAA